AUGAGUGGGCAAAAUAUACUUCGAGUUGCUACUUUUAAUAUUCGUUAUGAUGGUCACAAAAGUCCACCUGUUUCAGAGAAUGAAAACAUCGUGAUCCCAAGUGCGUUUGAUGGUGAACAACCCUGGUAUGUUAGAAGAAAAAAAGUUGCUGAGGCUAUUCUUUUUCAUAGGGUGGAUAUUAUCGGUCUACAGGAAGUUCUUUAUAAUCAAGUCAAAGAUCUGGAAGUACUGCUUGGAGAAGAUUGGCAAUGGACUGGUGUGGGACGAGAUGAUGGAAAGAAUAAGGGAGAGUUUGCACCAAUCUUUUACAAAAAACGGUUCAAGCUUCUGGAAUCGAAAAAUCUUUGGCUCUCCAACACUCCAGAUGUUCCUAGCAAAGGUUGGGACGCAAGCUUACCUCGAAUCGUUACUCAAGCAAGUUUUCGAGAUACAUUGACAAACACAACUUUUUGGUUCUUCAAUACACAUUUUGAUGAUCGUGGACAUAUUGCACGAAAAGAAAGUGCAAAAAUUUUAAUCAAAGAGUAUCAUGAGUUAUCAAAAGUUUGUUCUGAUGCGGUAAUUUUGACAGGUGAUUUCAAUUGCAAAGAGGAGGAUGAUCCUUAUCAAAUUCUCACAGGAAAAAAAUAUAGCAAAUUAACCCCAGAAGAGUUGGAGUUGGAAUCUGCACCGUUUGGAGAUACCCGGUAUGAGAUCAGCCGACCGAAAACAAGUUCUUUUGGUAAUUCUGAUACAUUCACAGGCUUCUCCCCAGAUGUGGAACCUAUUAGGAUUGAUUUUAUUUUUGUUAGCAAUAAGACACUCGGAUCUGUUGAAAUAUCGAACCACGGUGUUAUGUCAAACCGUUAUGAUGAUGGAAUGUAUAUUAGUGAUCAUCGUCCAGUUAUAGCAGAUUUAAUUUUUAAAACAAACGUGUCAUAA